UCCUCCUUCUCCUCUUCCUCCUCUUUCUCUUCCUCCUCCUCCUCCUCCUCCACCUCCUCAUCUUCCUUCAGAACAGAGCUCAGUUUCUACCAGAGCUCCUUCUUGACCUCCGCUGCCUCAGCUUCCUGCAGACCCGCUCAUAACCUGCCAAUGGAGAAGGCCCUGAGCAUGUUCUCUGAGGAUUUCGGCAAUUUCAUGAGGCCCCGGACUGAGCCCCUGGGCUUCCCAGCCCGAACUGGGAACACUGGCAACAUCAAGGCCCUGGGGGACACCUACCAGUUUGCAGUUGACGUGAGUGACUUCUCCCCCGAGGACAUCAUCGUCACCACCUCCAACAACCAGAUCGAGGUGCGAGCUGAGAAGCUGGCCACGGACGGGACGGUCAUGAACACUUUCACCCAUAAGUGCCAGCUUCCUGAAGAUGUGGACCCUACAUCAGUGACCUCGGCCCUGGGGGAGGACGGGACCCUCACCGUCCGGGCCCGGCGCCACCCGCAUCCAGAGCACGUGCAGCAGACCUUCCGGACUGAGAUCAAAAUCUGAGAAGCCCCUCACUGGGCCAGCCCAGGGUGUCUCCCUCCCCACCCCCACAGCCUCCUCCGGGUCAACUAAGCCACCAUCUUUGUCUUCCCUGCCUCUGACUGUGACUUCCAGAUCCAUCGGCUCCUCCCCAGUCCUCAACUCCCGGCCCCCUCCACCUUCCUGCAGCCCUUGGUGGGGACCCCAGGAGGCCGGGGAGGUGGGCCCGGGGUCAGGGGGGUCGAGUCCUACUCUGUUUCCCUUUGCCCUCCUCCCAGCCCAGGUCCCCAGGAGCAGGUCCUACUGCCAGUGUGGCUCCAGCUUGUCUCAGAGCUGAGGCUGAGUUCCAGCCUGGGGAGACACCUUAAAGCUGAUUGUUAUCCUUGGGGAACCAAGGAACUGCAAGCCACAGCCGUGGCAAGAGAGUCCUCAGGCCAGGAAGUCCGCGUCGGAGUGGGACGGGGGGAGGUGGGGAGGGGCACAGGAAACCAGUGGCCCAGAUGCUGUCAUCGAGUCACCAGAGCAUUUGGUUUGUCCAUUCCCUGCAGCAUCAUGGGGGUUUGGGGGCAUGACAGAUGAAGAAAAUGGUCAGAGAAGGCUUUGCUACCCUAAGACCUUGGCCCUGGGGAGGAGCGAGACCUCAUCUGUCCCCAGUGUAGGGAGAGAGGGGAUGGAAAAAGGGAGAUAUGGGGCUGCCGGGUCGUGGGAAGGAAAGAGGGGGCCGGUUGCCCAGAAACGGCCCUGGGCCAGGCCAGAGCCUCGAGGACAAAAUCUUGACCCUGUGAAUAGAAGUCCAGUCCCGAGCUGCCCCAGGCUUGGGUGGUUGGGGAGGCGGAUGAGGCCCCAUGGAGCUGGACAACCAGAGGGGCAGGAGGCCUGCAGGCUGACCCGGAGGAAAUGGGAGUGGCCCCUUGGCCUAGGGGGUGCUUGGGGAGGACCAGAGGAACAGGGGCCUGGAGCUGGAGUUGCGUUUGUAUAUAGAUGGGAUUUCUCUGGUGGCUUCCUGAUAAAUUAUUUGUAACCACUGUC